AUGCGACCCAAUUAUCAUGAUAUUAUGCAAUCCGGGACUGUUGAGUUCAUUGUCGGCAGAAACCGAAAGCAGUUCUGGAUCCACAAUGCGUUGACAAGCCAUUUUCCGAAGCAGAUAUUCAAUCCCCCUGUCAAUGACGAAAUAGAAGAGGUCGACUUUGGUCGUUGCUGUGAAUUCGUAUAUACCGGUGAUUACUCGGUGCCAUUGCCAACUUCGGAACUCCAUCAAACGGAUGACGACGGACCCAUCUGGUCCCCAAUGAGACGUUGGAACCCUACAAAUCUGGCCAGAAGUAUUUUCCAUCCGAUGUCAAUUGAUGAUUACAAAUCUCACUUGGUUGAAGAACUUGGCUGGGCGACCUGGGACAGCAACGAAAAAAAUAAGCCAACUGACCCUACGGAGGAUUACAGGGAGGUCCUUUUGGCUCAUGCUAGGAUACAUCGUAUUGCUUAUCGAACGGACUGGACCGUACUACGCGUUCUGUCCCUGCACCGGCUCACUCAGUUGUUGGAAAAUUUCACUCUAUCUGAGGACCGCACUGGAGAUAUUGUGAGUCUAUUGAGAUUUGUCUUUGUGGAAAGUGAACAAAUGAGGGAUAUUCAGAAGCUCUUGUGUGACUAUGCGGCGUGGAAUGUGGAGGUUCUGAUGCAUGAUGCCGAAUUUCAGAAGUUCCUGGAUGCCGUGCCUUCAUUCGAAAAGGUCAUCUUCCGCUCGAUGUGGAUAUAA